UGGCCGACAGUGGAUUGACUUGCUAGAGAGACUUUGGCUAAACCUUCGCCAUAGUUUGAUUCGUAUUUCGUGUCCAAGAGACGUCGCACUACGCAUGUCAGGCCAAGAGAAACGACAUUUGCAUGACGACUGUGGAGCUCAAGUAAACGAAUUCACGUGUAAAAAUGGGGAAGGCUCUUUCCCACCUGCCUAAGCAUACCUGUCAUGAUGACUGUCAGGAUAGCUUGACUUCAUCACCUGGCUACAGUGCUAUGCAAACUGAUGAGAGCAAGAAUGGGGGCGACGUGUCGCAGUUCCCAUAUGUAGAGUUCACUGGCCGAGACAGCGUUACCUGCCCCACAUGCCAAGGCACUGGAAGAAUCCCACGAGGCCAAGAAAACCAGCUGGUGGCUUUGAUCCCAUACAGUGACCAAAGGCUGAGACCAAGGAGAACCAAGCUGUACGUGACUGCUUCAGUCAUUUUGUGCCUGCUGCUCUCCGGCCUGGCUGUGUUCUUCCUUUUCCCACGUUCCAUUGAUGUGAACUAUGUGGGAGUAAAGUCUGUCUACGUUUCCUAUGACCAGAGCAAACGCAUCGUUUAUCUCAAUAUUACUAACUUGCUGAAUAUUACUAACAACAACUAUUACUCUGUGGAUGUGGCCAACAUUACAGCCCAGGUGCAGUUUUCCAAGACGGUGAUUGGAAAAAGCCGUGUUAGCAACAUCAUCUCUAUUGGCCCCCUGGACAUGAAGCAGAUUGACUACAUGGUGCCCACCACCAUAGCAGAUGAAAUGAGUUAUAUGUAUGACUACUGCACCCUGCAGAGCAUCAAGGUGCACAACAUUGUGGUUAUGAUGCAGAUAACAGUCACUGCAGUGUAUUUUGGCCAUGCUGAGCAGGUGUCUCAGGAGAUGUACCAGUAUGUGGAUUGCGGAGGGAACACUACAUCCCUGCACGAGUAUAGCCUGAAUACCCCUUGGGCAGGCUAGAGUUGACCCUGAUGUAGUAUAAUGCACCACCCUGUCCCUCACCUCUCCACUCCUUGUCAUUGUUUCAGCAAAAUUGGUUGAAUGACUACUAGAGGUCUGCAACCCGACGGGUUUCGGGCUGGGUUCGGGUCAGUUUUUACACGUAGGACUUCGGGUUUGGGUUUGUAAUAAAUGAAAAAAUAAACAGGCUUACCGAACUUGUUUCACACACAUGCUCUCACUCACAGAUACGCGCGAAUGGACGAGUGAGGGUCCAUUCACACAGAAUGUGUUUUUGCGCACGUCUGUUCUGUUUUCCCAUUGUUUAAACACAUGUUGGACGAAUGUCUUUGACAUUUGCACGUGUCUCACUUUUUCUUCUGCGUCUCGCGCAGGACCAGCAUAUUUUAAACACCGUGUCAAGUUAAAAAGAACUUAAAAUUUUCAAAAAAGCAUGUUGAGACACCUGUGCACUGUUUCAUUCUUUGUGCUGCAUCUAGAUUGUUUUUAGCACAGGUGUCACAAAGAUUCAACAUUCUAAACAAAUUCAGGCUGUAUAGAGGGGACUGUUGCAUUGUUUCAUAUUAUUACAGAUUGUUCUGCACCAAGUGCAGUUUCAGCAAAUAAACGGUAAGGCAAUGCUUUUUCCCCUUUCUGCUCUAGUGUACUAAGGGGCUGCUGAGCCUUGUUAAAACUGUGUAUGUUUACUGUUUCAGUACUGUUACGAAUGUUGCAGCAGUACUUGCUAGGAGAAGAAAUUAGAUAGUAAGCAAUUUUGGGUUCAGGCUUAAAAUCUGAUGGUAGGCUAUCGUUUGGGCCAGGUAGGGUCGGGCCACAUUGUCAGUUCGGGUUUCAUUUUAAGUUUUAAUGUAGACCUCUGGGGACUACUAAUACAUUUCUCUGCCAAUUAACCACUAGAACAUGUUAGGGUGUUUGCAAUUCACGAAUGCACUUUAUAUUUCAUGUUCUUCAGGCAAUAUGAAUUUUUUUUUAGGUCUGCCUAAUUCUCAUUCCCUUUCACAUUGCCAAACUGAAUCAUGCAUUAUUGUGUUGGUAGAAGUUGUUCCCUUUUGACAAACAUACAUUGUUUUUAAGCACUACCUAUUUAAAAGCACUCUAAAAUUACUUGAUUUAAGACUACUGUUUGUAAAGUGCACUCCUGGUUCAUGUUUUUUUUUUUUUUUUUUUUCUCUCUCUGUUGUGUUCUGUAAUCUGAUAUUCAUUACAGUUUUUAAGUGAUGAGAUCAAACUGUCCAAACAUCCUAAGAGGCCCUGCAUGCUUUGGGAUCUUUACAUUGAGGUGAGAUGCACUUAUAGUGAUUAUUUAAAAGGAAAUAUUCCAGAAAAAUGGGUUACCUCAAGUUACAGUGCAUACCUCAUUUCACAUAACUAGUGCAAUCUCACAGGCUGUAAAAUUGGUACAGUUUGGUACACGUAGGAUUUUUCCAUCUUUGUCUGUUUUGCACUUUAGUGACAAAUGUACUAAUUGUCAUGGUUCAUAAGCUGUUAAACUCUCCAAAAUUGCCUCCAAAUGUAAAUAGACCGAUAAAGCACUAAAUCUGUAGGAAACCAACAAUCACUGGGAUCUGAGACUAUCUGGCUGCAUGCAAGAUGUUUUUGUAUUAAAUUAUCAUUCCCUCAGAUUCUCAACACAAUAACAUUGAUUUCAUGAAAUGAAUUUAAAUGCAUUUCAUUUAGAAGAAUUGUAGUAGUUUGCUUUUUCAUCUAGAAAAUUUGAUGUGAUGUGUCCAGCUACUUUAAAGGAGAGAACUUUCAUAACAUUUUUAACAUUCUCAAAGAGGACUAAAAGGACUACAUUUUUAAACAUUUGAAUCAUGUUUGUAAAAAGGUUCACAGAUCGAUAUUUUAUGAAAGAUGGUCUAUCGCCUAGGAAUAGCUACUAAAAUGACUUUGCAUUUGUGUAUUUUGUAACAAGCAUUUUCAUCAUGUACAUAUUUGUAUGUAGCACUUUUGAUUUUUGAGAAAAGAGGUUUGGACUGCUGUUGAGAUUGUUAUAAAUUAACUUGACCCUG